UAAUUUUUCUGACAUUUUAAAUAUCAAUUUUUAAAUUUCGAGUGAAAGGCAUUUUGCAAAAAAAAAAAAGAGACCAAAAAAAUAUCUAUAACUUUGGAUUGUACUAAAAUUCUGUUAAAACGGCUAAACUGCAGAGUUAAUAAAGAACCAUUAUUAAAUGAUCAUUUUCUAGAAUACUUUUUUUUCGAUAUUCAAGUAAAAAACAUCGGAGAGAAACGUUGAAGUGAACUGUUGUCGAAUUGAAGCUUCUUUUACUGAAUGAAUGGAAUAUACAGGAUAUCAAACUGAGCAAGGCUUUGAUUUGCAUGCCGAUCAACAUAAUAAUCAACUUUACCCAAGUAGACUAUUCAACUAUUUACCGGUUGAAAGAAAUAUACAUCCAUUUGAUCACCCUGAUUUAAUAUUUCCUGAUCGUUCCUAUCAUCAAGACCAUAUUGAAUAUAGAAGUGCUCCAGAAGAACAGCAUCAUCAAACUUAUUUUUGUCGAAAACGUCGUUGCUGUCAUUUGAAUAUUUGUGCUGAUUCAAAUCAAGCACCAUCUAAACUUCCACAACCUAUAAAAAUGGAUAAAACUAUUGAACCCAAAACUAAGCCGGAGAAGAAAAAGAAAACAAUUAAGGAGCCUCCCUCAAAGCAAGUUCCUAAAGUUACCAAACCUAAACCAAGUUCAGAACCCAAGGAAGAUCCUAUCCCAGAACCAGCACCAAAGGUAUCUAAAGAACAAUAUCUAUCUUGUUGUUCAUCAUGCUGCGUCAGUACAAAGUGUUCAUGUUGUGGAUCAUCUUGUUUACAUAAACAUCGAAAUUCAAGUAAAACUGAUGAAGCAAAUUGUGAAGAAGAUGAAGAUCCUUCUGAAGAAUUCUUUUGUGCUGUUCGAGAAUCAAUGGAAAAUGCUGUUAAGAAAGCUUUUGAUAACGUUUUUGGACGAUAUUUUGCAUGUUGUAUAUCCAAAAUUGACAGUUUGACAUGUCGAGUUGAACGUACUGAAUAUCUGCUGAAAAAAAUGCACAAAGAUUUGAAAUUUCGUAUUUGCGUUUUGGAUCGUAGUAAUAGUCAACAAUUUCAGUAUCUUUGUGAUCAAGUGAAUAAAGAUAAAUACUUGAAGAGUUCUUCGGAAUCACAAGGAUGUAAUCGUAAAAUGAAAUGUAAGCCACCAAAAAACUGGCGUGAGCCUAAGCAAGCUCCUUGUGAAUCUAAGCAACCUCGUUGCGUGCCCAACCAAUCUCGCUGCCAACCUAAAGAAUCGAGUUCAAGUGACAACUGUAGAAGAGAUGUGAACUUGAGUAGCAAAUCAAAAUGUGGAAAUAAAUUCGGACAAGUUAAAAGUCAAUAUUGGAAUUGCGGUCAACAAAGUGACAAUAAUUCAGCUGAAAAUUCUUACGAUUCUGGUCAAAGUUGUGAAGAAGUUGUUAUUAACGAAACCGAUUUAAAAGAAAAUGAAUCGAAAAACAAAAAAACUAAAUCAAGUAAAAUUGGAAAUAAUGAGGAAACGCAUCAGCGUAAACGAAGUAGAAGUAGUGAUGGGAUCAGUACAACGUCGAAGAAGAAAAACAGAGUUGUUAUUUGAUUU